GCGAGCGAGCGCGGGCGCGCGCGCGCCCUCCCCGCCCCUCCGUGCGCGCUCCCUCCUUUGUGGGUCACAUCCACGGAGUCCGUUCUCGCGCAGUUGCAGCACAGACAUUCUCCCGCGUGCGCUCUCCAGUGCGGAAACCGGUCCAGCGCGCGCUCUGCUGCAAGGAGGGAUGGGGCGACCCUCGCCUUCCCCCCGCACGUUCACGGCGCCCUCGCACCUCUCCGGAUCGCCGGCGGAGCCACUCUGUCUCGCGGAAGACGUGCCGCGCGGACGAAACCAACGCGCGCCUUUGUUCGCGCGCUGACGCGUUCGUAGACGCGGGGGCACCGACCGGGCGCGAGCCGAGCCCGAGGGGAACCCUAACGCCGUCCGCGGGCUUGCGGGCGCUGGGUGCGUGUGUGUGUGUGUGUGUGGGGAGAGCUGUGCGACCUGAGGUGUGUGACCUGUUCCCCGCGCGAGUCUGAAAACGCUUCCAGACCAGUGUGUGUGUGUGUGCGUGUGCGUGCGUGCGUGUGCGCGCGUGUGUGUGACAGCUCAACGCUGCGCCUCGACGGAGCCUCCGAGACGGAGCGGAGCGCGCGGAGUGGUCGCGAGCACGGAGCGUCUCCGCAGAUGGAAGUUGGGUCGCAGUAGCUGCGCCGAGGAGCAGGAGGACAAGUCCGAGCAAAAGCAUCGACACCAUUCCAGACCCGAGUGAGAGAGAGAUGACCCUGGUCCUGUCCAUGAAUCUGUUCUGCGAGCACGCUGCUUCCGAAGGGGAACCCACGCGCCCGCCCUACCACCCCAUCUGGGAGUCCGAGCGCUGCAGUAAGAGCUGCGUGUCCAGCCCCUCGCCGCUGGGAUGCGCUGUGGAGGACCUCGCGGAGGAGCCUCACUGCAGAAGACCGCCGGAUCACGUGGUCACGUCGAGGGUCUCCUAUUUUAAAAGGAAGUUUGUGGACGAUGAAGAACCUCCCUUCAACUUCCGGAGUUACUGCCAGACGGUGGCGCCGGUUUUGGAGGAGCGCGCCCAUGUGCUGCGCCUGUCCCUGGAGAAGAUGCGCUUCAUCGACGACCCCGAGGCCUUCCUCCGACGCUCCGUCCUCGUCAACAACCUGCUGCGGAGGCUCCGUGCCGAGAUCCUUCUGCAAAGCGAGUGGUGCUUCCCGCCAGGCCCCGCCCCUGGACCAGGCCCCAGCCCCAGUCUUGGCCCCACCCCCAUGUGCCCCUGGGAAGCUCCGCAGGGGCCGUUCCGCAAGCGUUUCCGGCUGAUCCGCGGCGAGGCCCAGGAGUGCCUGCAGGCCUGCUGCUGCUUCUAUGGCGGGCGCUACCUACGUUUGCCCUUCUCGGUCUACGAGGACGCCACCACUUCCUCUCCCUCCCCAUCCUCCUCCUCUUCACCCACCACCCCGUUCUGCACAACUUCCUCUCCCUCCUUCUCUCAUUCACUUCCCAUGGAGGGUCAGAGAACCCGACUGGACUCCUUGUACCCUGGCCUGGAGCCCCCUGAGGCGAGGGAAGCCGCGGAGUUGCUGGAGCCCAAAGAGCGGGCCCUGCUACGUGAGAGGGUGGCCCCACGUGACGGGGAGCGCGGGAAGGGUACGGUGGCAUCCCACUCGAGGUGGGGUGAGCUCAGGCCCGAGCCUAGCAGCUGGGGCUUGGACAGCAGGAAACUGUGAGAGCCAGAUGAGAAGAAAUGGAGACGGAGAUGAGAAGAGAAGGUCGACAUCAUUGCGCUGGAGGCCAUCAGAUGGGUUCCAUGGCGCAGGAGCUCUGAAUCCCCUACAAAACUUCAGAAACUAUGGCCAAAAGCCACUCCACAAAGCCUGAAAACACAGUCUAGCCAGCAUAGGAAGAGGUUAUAUGAGUGGAAAUUUAAAACUUCUGCACGGUAUGUAAGAACAGAGGAACUGGCAUCCCUCACGUUCCAUCGGGCAGUAGGUCCCCGUCACAGGAUGCUUCUUUGUGGAAAGUUGGGUUUGUUUCGAGCGGCCGAAACACUAAAAUAUGUUAUUUACAAACCGACGUACCCCACGGAAGUGGCGACUGCCAAAACGAAAGAUCAGGUUUUUGUGAUGAUCUGGUGGGUCCAAAAGUCGGUUUUCCCCACAUCUUAGUGUUCGAUGGAGUCUGUGGCUGUCGCUGCACCUGUUACCGGCUCCUCCAGCUCUUGAGCCCCUCGUGAAACGCAGCCUCAACGCUGCCUGUGGGCACAAGAAACCUGUUGACUUCGGGCUUCAGAGCUUCAGACUGUAGGGCACGUCUGUCUGGCCAAGCCACUGGACCUCGGCAUGAAGAGCUUCCGUUUGUCAAGAGUAAGAAACACACGGUGCCUUAAUUUUGUAAUGUUUAUAGUAUUUUUUUUUUUUUUGCUUGUACUUAAACGUCUUAAAUUUCAAGAGUUCAUUGUGAGUCAUCUGACGGCUCGUCAACCGAGCAGUUAUUUGCGUGGGCCUGCCAAUAACGGAGGAAGAGGACCACACCUGGUGCUCUGAGAACCUGGCCCUCAUAGCUAUGGAGACGUCACCGCCAUGCUGUUCUAUUUCCCGGCGGGUCGCUCGCCCCAAACGGCCCUGGCGCUCUGGCUGAACCGAGAACUCGGCCGUAGAAGCGGAUCCAACCUCAUGAUUCCGGCCCUCCUCUACCGGCCCCCCGUAGGCCACCCUCCGGUCUUUGGAUCAUUUCAUAACGUCGCCACCUGAUGCAGUCUCCAGACACAGUAUCUGUUGAGUAACUUCCAUUCUGACAAGGUACAAAUGAAAGUACCAUCAUCUGAAAGUGUUUUAGAAACUCCAUUAGUUUUGUGAAUUUCCUUUAGUAGUCUCUUUUGCUUUGAUUUACCAAGAGCUUUCUCGUAUCGUUAAAAAAAAAAAA